AUGUCAACCGAACUACUGAUGCCGACCGGUGCCGAUGGGAACCAAUUUAUAACCGACGAUGAUUUCCGGUCAAACACACACGUGGCAGAUACAAGUGAUUCGUUGGGCCGACAGCAGCUACCAAAGUUUUCAGGUCCGGAAAAUCCGAACCUAAAAGUGAUCCGGCCGAAACAAAUACUGCCAGUUCGACAGCCCCUUAAGUCGGGGACGGCGCUAAUCCAACCUAAAAGUGCUCCCGCCGAAACAAAUACUCCCAGUUCGACAGACCCUCAAGUCGGGGACGGCGCUAAUCCUUCCGCCGCAGGCAUUCCUUGCGUUCGAGGACCAUUUUCGAUCGCCGCAUCAAGGCCCAGCCGAAGACAGACGGCCCAGCCGAAGACAGACGGCCCAGCUGAAGACAGACGAAAAGCCUUCUGGAUCAGAAGGCUUUUUCUUUACUGUGGCUGGAGUAGCGGAAAUUCAAGAUCUGGGCACGAGGGAGUACGACUGCCAACCGGAUUGCAGGACUUCGGGAUUCGAGUGCGAGCGAGCACGAUUAUCGACCGGAUCGCACGCCUUUGGGACCCGAGCGCGAGCAAGUGCGAUUGCCGGCUGGAUUUCAUGGGAAGAGCAGGAGAUUGGGCGUGUUACUUUGGGCGAGCCACGAGUCAAACCAAGAAUUCGCGGGAGACGACGACCUCAGUGGGCCGCCAGAUCGGAGCUGUGAAGGGAUACUAGCUAGUCGUCGAGGCGAGCUGUGGCAGACGGCCUUAAGGAACGUCGGAAGCCUUGGAACAGCCAACAGCAGGAGAUUCCGGAGGAUCACGGUGACGUCCGGAUGGUUUGGGUGCACCCAGAAGAACCGUGAGUAGAAGAAAGAGAAUGAAGAGAAAGAAUAAGAAAGAAGUUAGAGAAGCAGGGUGCUAGGUAGCUAGAACAGAGAGGAUGUUUGUGGCCCGGAAGUCGUAAUAAAGCUUGCACAGUAUGUUAUGAA